CAUUUUACAUUCACUGAACUGGUGUCCUUUUGGCCUCUGUUGCUUCGCAUUGACGAUAGGUCGAUACGAAGCCAAUUUGUUUUCCGAGCAGCUGAACAAUGGCCUCCACCAGCACCCAAAUGCAGGACGAAGCUUCUCUCUCAUCGGGGUCUAGUUUCUGGAAAUACGACGUCUUCUUGAGCUUCAGAGGCGCAGACACCCGCAACGGCUUCGUUGACCAUCUCUAUUCGGCUCUGCAUCAGAAGGGCAUUUUCACGUUCAAGGAUGACCUGAAGCUCAAGAGAGGAGAAUCCAUUUCUCCGGCGCUCCUGAAAUGCAUCGAAGAGUCGAGGCUUGCUCUCGUUAUUUUCUCCGAGAACUACGCUUCUUCCAAGUGGUGCUUGGAGGAACUCGUUAAGAUCCUCGAGUGCCAGAAGACGAGGGGACUCACCGUUUUGCCCAUUUUCUAUAAAGUAGAUCCCUCGAAUUUACGGAAUCAAAGAGGAAGCGUUGGAGAAGCAUUCGCCAGACACGAGCGAGAUUCCGGCGAAGAGAAGGGGAAGCAGAAGGUGCAGAGAUGGAGGAAUGCUCUAAUGGAAGCGGCCAAUAUUUCUGGGUGGGAUUCAGAAAAUGGCACAACCCACGGGCUUGAAGCAAAACUUGUCCGAGAAAUUGUCAAAGACAUUCUUAGUAAACUAGGAGAUAAGGAUUCAAGCAUUCUUAAUUAUGUUGUUGGAUUAGAUCCUCGUGUAGCAGAAGUGAAAUCACUGUUGGGUAUAGGAUUGGAUGAUUCAUGUAUGGUAGGGAUAUGUGGAAUGGGUGGUAUAGGAAAGUCUACCAUUGCCAAGGCUGUUUAUAACCAAAUUUGUUCUCAGUUUGAUGGUAGCAGCUACCUUGCAAAUGUUAGAGAAACUUCUAAGAAACAUGGUUUGGAGUCAUUGCAAGAAUUGCUUCUCUCUGACAUUCUCUUAGACACUGAAAUAAAAAUAAGAAAUCUUGAUGGAGGGCUUAGUAUGAUAAUGAACAGGGUACGAUACAUGAGGGUUCUUAUAGUCCUCGACGAUGUGGACCGGCUAAAUCAACUGGAAGCACUUGUUGGUAAGCUUGAUUGGCUUGGUUCAGGAAGCCGGAUUAUAAUAACAACAAGAGACUCUCAUUUACUUGAUAUACUUGAAGUGAAUCAUGUGUAUAAUGUCAAGGAACUAAAUCAUGGAGAAGCUUUAGAGCUAUUUUGUUGUAAAGCAUUUAGGAAAAACCAACCAACACAGGGUUAUGAAGGGCUCACAAACAAUGUAGUUCAUUAUGCUAAAGGAGUUCCAUUAGCUCUCCGAGUUUUGGGCUCUUUUCUCUUUGGAAGAAGCAUAAUUGAAUGGCGAAGUGCAGUUGAUAGAUUAAGGAAACAACCCAAUGCAGAAAUUCAGGAUGUGCUCAAAUUAAGCUAUGAUGGACUGGACCAUGAAGAAAAGGAAAUUUUUCUUGACAUUGCGUGCUUCUUUAAAUGGAAGAGUAAAGAUUAUGUAAUAGAUAUACUGGAUGCUUGUGGUUUCCAUGCUGAUAUUGGAAUAAGGGUUCUUGAAGACAAGGCACUUGUAACAAUAACACACGAUAGGAUAGACAUGCAUGAUCUGAUACAAGAAAUGGGAGGGCAUAUUGUUAAUGAAGAAUCCCCAAAAGAACCCGGUAGAAGGAGUAGGUUGUGGAAGUACGAAGACAUCUAUCAUACACUCACAAAAAAAACAGGGACAGAAACAGUGGAGGCCAUAGUUUUGGUUUCUCAUGAAACAAAACAGAUAUCCUUGAGUCCUGAUGCGUUUUCAAAGAUGAGCAAAUUGCGACUGCUCAAGCUUAGUAAUGUUCAGCUUCUUAAUGGUCUUGACUACCUCUCCAAUGAUUUACGCGUUCUUGAUUGGCACGGAUUCCCUUCAAAAUGCCUCCCGUCAAAUUUUCAACCGGACAACCUUGUCUCGUUAAAAAUGUCCAAUAGUUGCCUGAAACAACCUUGGAAUGGAAGAAUGUGCCUAGACAAGUUGAAAUACGUUGACCUCAGUUAUUCGCGAGGCAUAACGAAGAACCUAGAUUUUACACAGGUAUCAAAUCUUAAGGAAUUGAGUCUUGAAGGUAUGAACUUCGUUGAGAUCCACCCGUCCAUUGAAGCCAUCAAAAGGCUUACGUUCUUAAAUUUGAGGGAUUGCAAAGAACUUACAAGUCUUCCAAGUGGCAUUUGUGGGUUGAAACUUCUUACAAGUUUGAUUGUUUCUGGCUGCUCAAAACUUAGCAAGUUGCCCGAGAACCUAGGAGGAUUGGAGAGAUUGCGGGAACUUCGUGCUGAUUUUACUGCUAUUAAGCAACCCCUAUCCUCGAUUAUACACCUGAAUGAGCUUAUGGUUUUGUCAUUUUUGGGAUGCAAGGGACCAGUAACAUCAACACCGCGGAAUUCACUAUUAUCAUCAUUUCUAAUUCGGAAAGAACGUCAAGAUUCCAUGGGUUUUGAGCUACCUCCUCUAUCAGGCUUACGCUCUUUGUUUUUACUAGAUCUCCGUUACUGCAACUUCUCAGAAGGAUUUCUCACAAAUGGCCUAGUCUCCUUAUCUUGUGUGCACGAAUUAUACCUUAGUGGUAGCAACAUUAUUAGUUUGCCAGCAAGCAUUGAAGGUCUUUACGGGCUUCACCGUCUUGAAUUGAUGGAUUGCAAGAAGCUUAAAACGUUGCUUAUCUCCCUACAAAUAUCUUUUCCAUUAAUGCAAGUGGAUGCACAUCAUUAGAAACAUUGCCCGAUCCGCCUAUAUUGCCCAGAAGGCUUGCGAGGGUCCAUUUAAUGCAUUGUCAUACACUAGUAAAGAAUAGGCCCAGCCUCUCCCUUGAACUUUUCAGAAAUUAUCUUAAGGUCCAUAUCUCUCUCUCUCUCUCUCUCUCUCUCUCUCUCUCGCUCUCAUGUCUUUAUUUGUUGUAGCAGGGUUUUGUCGAUUCCAAACGCACUGGUUUUGUUGAUCUGAAAUGUACUAUUGUUGUUCCUGGAAGGGAGAUUCCAAAGUGGUUCAGGUAUCAAAAUAAUAUGGGGCAUUAUGUUCGAAUCCAGCUGAAGCCAGAUUGGUAUCAAAGGCUCGGGGGGUUUUUUAUAUGUGCUGUUUUUGAAGCAAAGGCUCCUUCAAUUGAUGUCGAAGUCUGUCUGGAAUGUUACGGGAUGCGCAAUGAUGUUGCAGUCUAUGCCCAGAAAAUCAUCAUUUGCGACUUCCAUUUUCAGUCAGAUCACUUAUUUCUGGACUACGUGGCACUUGAAAGUCUUAAGAGGGAGAUGGAUGUUAAUCAUUUGAAAACUUUGACUGAGAUCUUCUUUUAUUUUAGUAGUAGUAGUGCUGAAAUGUUUGUCCCAGUAACAUGCGCUAUUCAUAUGGUAUAUGAGGAUGAUGAAGAACGACCAGAUCCACAUGCAAGUAUCCAACAAAGUAAUGACUGUGAUGAGUUCCAAUGGAGGGGCUCCCAGUCUGAGUUAUCAGAAACUUCAAUUCAAAAUGUGCGAGAUUCAGCAACGUGGUCGGACAUAUCAUGUUGGAAGAUUCAUUCCGAUAGGUAGAAAUUCAUUCUCGCUCCACUGGACUGAUGGGAGGUUGAAAUUCAUGAGUUUUGGUAAGCCUAUUGUAUUCUAGGGGGGCGUUUGUUAAAAUGAGUAAGAUAAGGUGAUAUCAAGAUAAGAUUGGGAUACUUUUCGGACCAACAUAUGGAAUGAUUAAGAUAAGGUCGGGAAGUAUUCCAAGAUUUCUAUCAGACUGUUUGUUAAAUUUUUUAGAAUCCAUUGGUAACUGUAUUUUUUCUUUCCACA